CCGUCCUGUGCGCUGCGCUGCGUUGCGUCACACAUCCCUCCAGCCAGCCCGCCCACCGGGGGCCUAAUGGAAGCCAUAUUGAGGAACAUCCAGCCCACCUCGUCCACUCACUCACGGCUGCGGAGGAAGAAUGGCUGAACUCAAGUACAUGUGUGGUUUUGGGAAUGAAUUCUCCUCCGAAGACCCCCGCUGCCCCGGUUCUCUACCUGAAGGGCAGAAUAAUCCUCAGGCGUGCCCGUACGGACUCUACGCCGAGCAGCUCUCUGGCUCCGCCUUCACCUGCCCGCGGCCGGCCAAUAAGAGAAGCUGGUUGUAUCGCAUCCUCCCGUCGGUCAAGCAUAAACCUUUUAGUGCUGCGCCUUGUGGGAACCUGACGGAGAACUGGAAUGAGGUGGAGCCUGACCCCAACCAGCUGCGAUGGCGGCCAUUCUCCAUCCCCAAAUCUACGGAGAAGAGAGUGGACUUUGUGGCGGGUCUGCACACCCUCUGCGGAGCCGGGGAUGCGAAAUCCCGCAACGGCAUCGGCAUCCACGUGUACACGUGCAACACCCCCAUGCUGAACAAAUGCUUCAACAACUCCGAUGGAGACUUCUUGAUCGUCCCUCAGCAGGGGGAGCUCCUGAUCACCACAGAGUUCGGCAAGAUGAUGGUGGAGCCCAAUGAAAUAUGUGUCCUUCAGCAAGGGAUGCGCUUCAGCGUAGACGUCUUUGGAGAAACGAGGGGUUACGUCCUGGAGGUGUAUGGAGCACAUUUUGAGCUACCUGACCUGGGACCCAUAGGAGCCAACGGUCUGGCCAACCCGAGAGACUUCCUGUGCCCCGUGGCGUGGUACGAGGACCGUGAGGUGUCCGCCGGUUACACCGUCAUCAAUAAGUACCAGGGAAGGCUCUUCGCUUGCCAACAGGACUUCUCCCCCUUCAAUGUGGUGGCAUGGCAUGGCAACUACACGCCAUACAAAUACAAUCUUAACAACUUCAUGGUCAUCAACUGUGUGGCCUUUGACCACGCCGAUCCCUCCAUCUUUACCGUGCUGACGGCCAAAUCCACAAGACCAGGCGUGGCCAUUGCUGACUUUGUCAUCUUCCCCCCGCGGUGGGGCGUGGCUGACCACACCUUCCGGCCACCAUAUUAUCACCGCAACUGCAUGAGUGAAUUCAUGGGCCUUAUUAAGGGCCACUAUGAAGCUAAAGAAGAGGGUUUCCAGCCGGGAGGGGGCAGUCUCCACAGCAUGAUGACCCCACACGGCCCUGAUGCUGACUGUUUCGAGAAGAACAGCACUGCUCAGCUCAAACCUGAGAGGGUGGCUGAAGGAACGAUGGCGUUCAUGUUUGAGUCCUCUUUCAGUAUGGCUGUGACCAAGUGGGGUCUGGAGACGUGCCAGAAGCUUGACAAGAGCUACUACCAGUGCUGGGAGCAUCUACGCAGCCACUUUGAUCCCAACUGGAAGCCCAGCAAACACUAGAAGAAAGCCACUGUAGUAGCUAUAAGAAAAGUCACAAAUGUGUUGCCCCCUUUAAACCUAUGCGUCACGCAACAUGCAUUCUGCAAUUUCUAUCAAAUGUGCUAAAAUCAACAUAAUGAUACAGGCUUGAGUUUUAGCCCAUAAUUGCCACUUGGAGCUGGCAGGAAAAGGUUACGAGUAGUUGCACAUCCCUUUAACACCUCAAGAACGUUCGCAGUGAGUUGUCGUGUUUCUUGAAUGCAUUAGACAUUACUGUUCAUAAUGUGUACACAAUUAAACAUUUUGUGAUUCCCACCUAUUUUUCUGAGCAUAUACCGCCACAAUGAAUUUGACAGCAUAGGUUUAUUUUGUUAAUUACACGCACCGACACGAGAGAACACACACAGGUCGUCUUGGAGCUCACGACGACAACCUGAACUUGCGUUCCAGAGUUCCAUCUCGAAUACGCUGCUCUCUCCUGUCCUGUAAAUAAACAACCAACAGGUGAUGAGGUUCUACCUGCAUUACAGUUGACAAAUCCUCAUAUUUCGACACAAGCAUAUCGAUGUCGCAUUUCCAUUACAAUACAUUGAUGAGACAAUAGCCACCGCAGGAAGUACGAAAAAAACAGGGAACUGCUGAUGUGAGUCUAUGUUGUCUUAUUUAUGUCUAAUGUCUUAUUUCCUCUGAUUAUGUCUACUAUUUUGGGUAAUAAAAAUGUAAAGGUGACUAUAAAACCAUAUUGACAAGA